AUGUUUGGUUACGGGGAUAAAGAUGCCGCUCUGCUUGGGUAUGGCUUUCUCAUAGCCCUGCCGAUCUGGUAUUUGACGACAUAUCUCCUCUCCCCGCUACGCCGUUAUCCCGGUCCCUUCCUCGCAGGGUGGACAAAUCUAUGGCGCAUGUUACAUGUUCGUCAGGGAAAGUACCAUGUGGUCAUCCACGAGCUGCAUAAGAAGUACGGCCCGGUGGUGCGCAUUGGUCCCAACGUGCUCGACCUGGAUAUCCCCGAGUUGGUCAAGACGAUUUACAAUGUCAAAUCAGAGUAUCUGAAGACCGAGUUUUAUCAUGGCAGUAGCGUCAAAGACAACGGCAAAAUCAUCUACAAUGUCUUCAGCGAGUGCAAUCCCAAGUUGCAUGCGCAGAUGAAGCGGCCCAUCUCAAAAUAUUAUUCCCUGACUGGGGUGCUUCCGCUAGAGUCUCAUAUCGAUGAUAUGAUUUCCUACUUGUGCCAACGCUUGGAGGGGAAAUUCAUCGAUUCAGCCAACCCAACUAAAACGUGCGACCUAGGUGAAUGGAUUGCGUACUAUACCUGGGACGUGGUUGGCAAGGCCACAUUCAGCCAGCCCAUUGGAUACCUGGAAAAAGGGUGCGACUUCGACGAGUCCCUACGCAUUGCGAAUGUCACCAUGGACUACUUUUCCAUAGUGGGACAAAUGCCAAUUCUAGAUCAUUUAUUGGACAAAAAUCCCAUCCACCGAAUCGGCCCGCCGUCCUUCGGAACCGUCGCCAACAUAUCAGCCCAGCACCUCAUGGACCGACUUCAGAACAAGGACACCGACUACCAUGAUCCCAACAAGCCCGACUUCCUGGACAAAUUCAUCGAGGCCAAGGAGAAAUUCCCAGACGUGGUCGAUAACACACAAAUCAUCUCAUAUCUACUGCUCAACAUGAUUGCAGGGGCCGAUACAACAAGCGUCACCAUUAACGCGGCAUUGUACAUGUCCUUGAAACAUCCUCACAUCUGGGGGCGUCUAAGGACCGAGAUUCCCGCCCACGACCAUACUUCUGGAAGCAUGGUGGUAUCUUACAAAUCCGCCAAGCAGUUCCCUUACCUAGAUGCCGUGGUACGGGAAUCAAUGAGAUGUCAUCCCGGUGUCGCCAUGCUCCUGGAGCGAUACGUGCCGGAAGGUGGACUUGCCUUCCCGGAUGGAAGCCUCGUUCCUGCAGGGGCUAUAGUGGGCAUGAAUCCCUAUAUUGUAGGGCGCAAUACGUCUAUCUGGGGGGAAGAUGCCGAAGAGUUCCGCCCGGAGAGAUGGCUCCGCGAUGAGACACGCGAGACCGAACACGAGUUCCAGGAACGUUUGCUAUCGAUGAACAAGGCUGACCUUAGUUUUGGUGGUGGAAGCCGCAGUUGUAUCGGGAAGCACUUUGGUUUGCUGGAGGUGUAUAAGGUGAUUGCAACAAUUGUUUCACGGUACGAUAUCAAGCUGGCUCACCCGGAGAGGGAUUGGAUGACGCAUAAUAGCUUUUUCAUGCGGCAGGCUGGUAUCGAGGUGAAUCUCAGUCGCCGGAGCUGA